AUGGCGACUAUACCUGUUGUCAUCAAACACCAGGGCAAGAAGUACGAUGUCGACCUCGACCCUACGGCAAAUGGCGAGAUGCUCAAACUCCAACUCUUCUCUCUCACCGGCGUCGAACCCGAGCGACAAUCCAUCCUGAUCAAAGGAGGAAAGCUGAAAGAUGAUACCGAGCUCUCCAAGCUCAAUGCAAAACCCGGCCAGGUCUUCACCAUGCUUGGCACCGCUUCUGGCGAGAGCAGCGCAGUCAGCGCCCCCGUCGAAAAACCAAAAUUCGUUGAAGACAUGACUGAAGCUGAAGCCGCCGCUCAAGAAGGUGCUACUCCAGCGGGCCUCCAGAACCUCGGCAACACUUGUUAUUUGAACUCGACGCUGCAGGUUCUCCGGAGCAUACCUGAAAUGCAAGACUCGUUGAAGAUCUAUAAGGCCAACACGGGCGCGGGUCCGAGUCUCCAAGACCUCAGUCGUCUCGGCCUGGGUGGCCUCGGCUCCGCCAGCGACCUGACUGCGCAGCUACGGGACCUUUACAAACAAAUGUCGGAGACGCAGGAGGGAUUUCCCCCUAUGAUGUUUCUGAACGCUCUGCGUAAUCUUUAUCCCCAGUUUGCGCAGAAAGCGAAGAACGGACAUGGCUACGCCCAGCAAGAUGCCGAGGAGGCUUGGUCCCAGAUUCUUCACCAGUUGAGACAGAAUCUCAUGAUCACGGACAAAAGCACUCAAGAACAGAAAGAUAUCGCAUUCAUCGACCGAUACAUGGCCGGCUCGUUUCAUUCCUCGCUGGCGCCGCCUCCGGAGGUUGGAGACAACGAGCCUGUUGUUGAGUCUGAGGAUUCUUUCCUGAAGCUAGACUGUCACAUUGACCAGUCAAUCAAUCAUCUUCGAGACGGGAUCUUGGCCGCUUUGACGGAAGAAAUCGAGAAAUUCUCACCCACUCUCGAGCGGGAUGCAACAUACAUCAAGACCUCUCGAAUCUCCCGGCUGCCUAAGUACCUGACCGUGCACUUUGUUCGAUUCUUCUGGAGGAAAGACAUACAGAAGAAAACCAAGAUCAUGCGGAAAGUCACAUUUCCCGAAGAACUUGACAUUGUGGAGUUUUGUACCGACGACAUGAAGAAGCGACUGAUACCGGUUCGUGACAAGGUGCGCGACAUCCGCAAGGACGAACAGGACGUCGAGAGAGCCAGAAAGCGACAGAAGCUGGCUCACAAGCAGGAAGAAGACCGCAAGCAAGAUGAAGCAACGAAGGGCGUAGAGGCUGCUCCAAUUGCAAAGCUCCGCGAACAAAAGGAAAAAGACCAAGGCAAGAAAAAGGAGCCAGAAGGUGGCGAAAUGGACGUGUACAAGACGGAUGCAGAGUACGAGGCCGAACGCGCUGCGUCUAUCAAGCAAGCGAAGAAAGAACUCUUCGCUCUCAUUGAUCCGGAGCUUGCAGCAGAUGAAGGGUCGAACAAAUCGGGCUUGUACGAGCUCAGAGGUGUCAUCACUCACCAAGGCGCAAGUGCGGACAGCGGCCACUACACCAGUUUUGUCAAGAAGCAGGGCAGGUUGGUAGAUGACCCCAAAGCACCGGGGGGUAAGCGCAGAGAAGAGGAUGGAAAAUGGUGGUGGUUCAACGAUGACAAAGUCAGCGAGGUCGAUUCGGAGAGGAUCAUGACUCUCUCCGGUGGUGGCGAAAGCGCUUCUGCGCUCAUUUUGCUCUACCGAGCAAUUGAUCUACCAACCAAGGAUGAAGUUGAGGACUCAUCGUGA